CGGCUCACUUCUCCUUCUCCAGUGCGGUCCCGAUAAGACGAGCAGAGCCUGGCUAGGGUUUUGAGAUUCCGUCGGCGGAAUCGACCGCUACCUCGUCUCCGCGAGCACCCGCCGCCGCCUUCCCUCGCCCCCGACGUCGUGCGCCCCGGCGACCUUCCCGGAGCUCCGCGGCCUCCCUGCCCCCUCCUCCUCGAGCACCACCGCUCUCGAUCCCCCCUCGCGCCGCCAGCAGAUCUGAUUCAGGGGUUCCCAGCUCUCCAAUCCGGGUUCAGGGUCAUACUCGUCGGCCACCAUGCAGGCUAGCGACAGGUUCAACAUCAAUUCUCAACUUGAGCAUCUUCAAGCCAAGUAUGUCGGAACAGGGCAUGCUGACCUGACCAGAUUUGAAUGGGCUGUAAAUAUCCAAAGAGACAGCUAUGCAUCUUAUGUUGGACACUACCCGAUGUUGGCAUAUUUUUCCAUUGCUGAGAAUGAAUCUAUUGGAAGGGAGCGUUACGAAUUUAUGCAGAAAAUGCUGCUCCCCUGUGGCCUCCCCCCUGAGAGAGACGAAGACUGAGGAGUUGGUACUAUAGUGCUACCUCCACAGCAACAGCAGCUUGUGUUCAGAUGAUGGCUGUUACCAAAGUCUAAAGUCGAAGGCACUUUGUGUGGUUGUGUUUGAACAUCCUGAACAUCUUUAGCACCUUGUACCCUGUUUUUACAUGUAUUGCACUCCAUGGAUCUUUAUCUCUGUUCAUGAUGUCGUAUCUGCCUCCUACCAUCUGUGAAUGAUCGAAUCGAAUCAUAGCAACACAUGUUGAAGUUGGUAUGUUGUUGA